GGUUGGUGUGACAUGAAAAGGGGGCACCCACCAGGGAGGUGCAGGGAAGAUGUCCUGGCCCCUCACAUCCAGCUGCUGGCAGUGGGGAGGGUGUUGGGUUCCUACCAUGGGGUUGUAUCAGCCCCUGGCUAGUAGUUGUGUGAUGGAUCUGCAGGCAGAGACAAGGGGUCUCUCUUUGUUCUCUCACCGUGGUGCCCCUGGCUGCUCUCAGCAGUGUGGGGAUAGGACUCUGCCGACUGUUUGUCUCUCAGAGCUUCCAUUUGAUUGGCUGCUUUCCCCCGUGAAUAGUGGGGCUGUGAGUGGGGAGCAGGUAUUGAGUGUUGGACUCUUGCUCUUUCAGGGGACGGUGAUCUUCGAGGAGGUGGCUGUGUAUUUCACCAGGGAAGAGGGGGCUCUGCUGGACCCCACUCACAGAGCCCUUUACAGAGACAUCAUGCAGGAGAACUAUGAGAAGGUGACCUUGCCGGGGUUUCCAGUUUCCAAACCUGAUAUGAUCUCCCAGGUGGAACGAGGGGAAGAGCCGUGGGUCCCAGACCUCCAGGGCUCUGAGAAAGAAGUGCUUCCAAGAGCUGCUUGCACAGGUAGUGACCUGUGUCUGGAUUCUCUCUGUCUCCCAUCAGGUGAUGGGAUGGUGAGUGAGAAUGAGGAGGAGAAACCCCAUCAGGAAGAUGCUGAGCGAAGAGAAGCACAUGGAAUGUUAUCAGGAAGAUCCAAAGAGAAUGUUUCCAGGAGUUGUGCACUCCCAGAAAAAACAGAAGCCUGUGAGACUCAGGGGAGGCCAGAGGGAAACUUGAGUAGCCUCUCAGACCUUAUAAGAAGCGGCAGAAUCAACUUGGAAGAGACACGCUACAGGUGCCAUGAGUGUGGGAAAAGCUUCAAUUGGAGCUCUACCCUUGUCAGACAUCGCAGAAUCCACACAGGAGAGACGCCUUAUACGUGCACUGAGUGUGGGAAAAGCUUCAGUCAGAGCUCACAUCUUAUCACGCAUCAGAUAAUCCACACGGGAGAGAAGCCUUACACGUGCACUGAGUGUGGGAAAAGCUUUAACUGGAGCUCUACCCUGAAUGCACAUCGUAGAAUCCACACAGGAGAGACGCCCUACACAUGCUCUGAGUGUGGGAAAAACUUUAGUUGGCGCUCAGACCUUAUCAAACAUCAGAGAAUCCACACAGGAGAGACGCCCUACACGUGCUCUGAGUGUGGAAAAAACUUUAGUUGGCGCUCAGACCUUAUCAAACAUCAGAGAAUCCACACAGGAGAGACGCCCUACACAUGCUCAGAGUGCGGGAAAAGCUUCAGUCGGAGCUCACAUCUUAUCACACAUCAGAGAAUCCACACAGGAGAGAAGCCCUACACAUGCUCAGAGUGUGGGAAAAGCUUCAGUCAGAGCGCACACCUUAUCGGACAUCAGAGAAUCCACACAGGAGAGACGCCUUACACGUGCACUGAGUGUGGAAAAAACUUUAGUUGGCGCUCAGACCUUAUCAAACAUCAGAGAAUCCACACAGGAGAGAAGCCUUACACGUGCACUGAGUGUGGAAAAAGCUUCAGUCAGCGCUCAGACCUUAUCAAACAUCAGAGAAUCCACACGGGAGAGACGCCCUACACAUGCUCAGAGUGCGGGAAAAGCUUCAGUCAGAGCUCACAUCUUAUCACACAUCAGAGAAUCCACACAGGAGAGAAGCCCUACACAUGCUCAGAGUGCGGGAAAAGCUUUAGAUGGAGCUCAGACCUUAUCAAACAUCAGAGAAUCCACACAAGGGAGAUGCCCUACACAUGCUCUGAGUGCGGGCAAAGCUUCAAUCAGCGCUCAAGGCUCAUUAGACAUCAGAAAAUGCACAGAAGAGAGAAUUGUAAUAAAUGCACUGAGUGUGAGAAAAACUUCACUCACAGAUCAAGCCUUUCUGUUCAUCUGAGAAUCCACACAGGGGAGAGGCCCUACGAAUGCCAUGAGUGUGGCAAAACCUUCAAUCGCAGCUCAAACCUUUCUGAGCAUCGGAGAAUCCAUGCAGGGGACAGGCCCUACAAAUGCAGUAAUUGUGGGAAACCCUUCACUCACAGAUCAGCCCUUUCUGUGCAUCAGAGAAUCCACACAGAUGAGAGGCCCUAUGAAUGCAAUGAGUGUGGGAAAAGCUUCACUCACAGAUCAGCCCUUUCUAGACAUCAGAGGAUCCACACAGGUGAAAGACUCUAUGAAUGCAGUGAGUGUGGGAAAACCUUCAACCACAGCUCAAACCUUAUUACCCAUCAAAGAAUUCACACAGGGGAGAGGCCGUAUAAAUGCUGUGAGUGUGGAAAAUGCUUCAGUAAGAGUUCAGCCCUUUCUGAGCAUCAGAGAAUUCACACAGGGGAGAGGCCCUAUGAAUGCAGUGAGUGCGGGAAAACCUUCUCUUGGCACUCAGCCCAUGUUAGCCAACAGAGAAUCUGCAAAGGAGAUCAACAUUGUAACAAUCUCUAGGGCUAUCAAGACUUUCUUUUCUUUAAUACUUUUCCUGAUUCCCACAUAGUAACCUUUAAAGCUCUUUGAAC